UCCAGUUCUCUUUCGUUUAUAGGUCGGUGAGGGUCGGAUUUUCUGAUGCAAUCCGCCGCGGUCUGUGUACAUCGUGGGAAAUUGUGAGAAUUGCUACGUCUCUCUCGUGUAUUUCGCAUCGCUUAAAUCGCCGGGAAAGCUGUUAUUUUCCUGCCCUGAGGAAAAAGAACGCAGAAAAAGCAGCGAAAUGACGGAGGAAGAUUCGGUAUUCGAUCCCAACAUGAAGAAAAAGAAGAAGAAGAAGAAGAUCACCUUCGAUCUCGACGCAGAUCUCAAUGAGGGAGGCAGCAAUGAUGAUGCAACGGAAGAUACUGUGGAUAAAGAAAAUCAAGAGCCCGAGUCAGCUGCUAUUGAGGAUGAUGGAACAAUGGACUUGGAGAACUUUGGCAAAAAGAAGAAGAAGAAGAAGAAGGUGUUCAAUUUCGACGAAUUAGAGGCAACUUUGCCCGAUACAAAGAAGGAGGAACCUGUGGAGCAACAAACAGAAGAAGUUGUGGUGGACGACAAUUUAGACUUAGAUAUGGACUUCUCCAAGACUAAGAAGAAGAAAAAGAAGAAGAAGGAUCUCGAUGAAUUGGUGGCUGAGGACGAGCGUAAAGAUACUGAAGAGAAAGAUAAUGUGGAGGAGGCGAAUACAUGGGAGGCUUCGGACAGGGACUACACGUACGAGGAAUUACUGACUAGAGUAUUUACCAUCCUGCGAGAGAAGAACCCCGACAUGGUAGCUGGUAAGAAACAGAAGUUCGUCAUGCGUCCGCCACAGGUGGUGCGUAUCGGAACGAAGAAAACGUCUUUCGCCAAUUUCACCGAGAUUUGCAAAACGUUGCACAGGCAACCGAAACAUUUACUGGACUUCUUGCUCGCCGAGUUGGGAACGAGCGGCUCGGUGGACGGUAACAACCAGUUGAUCAUCAAGGGUCGUUUCCAACAGAAGCAAAUAGAAAACGUUCUUAGGAGAUACAUCAAGGAAUACGUCACGUGUCACACAUGCCGCUCGCCGGACACAAUCCUCCAAAAGGAUACCCGGCUCUUCUUUUUACAGUGCGAGACCUGCGGAUCGAGGUGCUCGGUCACCAGCAUAAAGUCUGGCUUCCAGGCCGUCACAGGGAAGCGUGCUGCUAUGCGUGCGAAAACUGCCUAAACAAUCAUCCACAAGAGUCUCCUCGUUCUUCAUUUUCGCAAGAUGCCUGUUGUGCUUUAUUUGUUGAGAGAGUGCAGUCCUAUAUAUAGAAGAAAGAAGUUUGGACCCUUACCAAUCAGGAGCAUCAAAUGAAUAAAAGCGUAGCGUAAGAGAGCUGCUGGUCGCGAGUUCAACGCUAUGAGAUAUCAAUAAAGCGAUUG